AUUAUCGCCCCUUCCAUGAAAGUGGUAGAGUCAAGAAAUUAGAAAUGAUUUUAGUAGUAAUAUUAGCAAUUGGUAUUCCAAUCAGUUUGAUUUUAUGGUUAACUAAUGUUGUUUACUCUUUCAUUAGCGGAGAUUACAGUACAUACAUAGCAGCAUGGAGAUGGUUGGUAGCUAUAUUUGCUUCUUUACUAUUAGCAUGGUAUGGCCUAAGAAAGAAAAGUUUGGAUAAAUCUGGUGCAGUAGCAGGUAUCAUAGUUGGUUUUCUGUUGACCAUUAGUAACUUGUGUUUCUUCACUUCGCUGUUGACGUUCUUCCUGUUAGCAUCAAAAGCAACUAAAUAUAAGUCAUUGAUGAAGAAGAAGUAUGAAGAAGAUUUUAAAGAAGGUGGACAAAGAAACUGGGUACAGGUUAUAUGUAAUGGUGGUAUAGCGUCAAUGUUUGCAAUGAUAUACAUGUUAGAUAAUGGAGCAGGAGAAAUGCCAGUAGACUUUUCUAAGGAAUAUACACCCUCUUUCUUCUCAAUGGCUGUCCUGGGAGCACUAGCUUGUAGCUGUGGUGAUACUUUUGCAUCAGAGCUUGGGACUGUUUUUAAGUAUAAUACACAACCUAGACUUAUAACAACAUUUAGAAAAGUACCAACAGGAACAAAUGGUGGAGUAUCAUUAGUUGGAACUUUUUGCAGUUUGAUUGGAGGAUUAGUGGUGGGUGUGGCCUAUUAUUUGACAUUGAUAUUUUCUCUGUCAGAUGUAUACCUACAGAAAUGUCCACCACAAUGGCCUAUCAUACUGUUAGGUACUAUAGCAGGAGUUCUAGGAUCCACUAUAGAUUCCUACCUUGGUGCUGUAUUUCAGUAUUCUGGAUACAACAGGGUAACACAUAAGAUUGUAGAAACAGAAGGUAAAGAUGUGGAACAUAUCUGUGGAUGUUCAUUGUUAGAUAACCAUAGUGUUAACCUAUUAUCAUCAUUGUUUUGUGGAUUGUUGACACCUAAAGUUGCGUUUUAUUUGUGGUGGUUGUUAUUGUGAUUAACCAUUAUUUUAUGUGAACUUCAGCGACUCAAACUAAGCAUAAUCACUUAUUAGUAAUAUCGGCAAUUAGUUUAUUUUCCUUUUGAUCUUACUGCCUAAUAUUUUUGCAGAUCAUGGACAGGACCUAUUACUCGAAAAAUAUUAGGCAAUGGCAUCAGGUAUCAAACCACCAAACAAUAUCACAAUGCUUUGUAUGCUUAAAAAAAGUUUUACUAACUAUUUCAUUUUAUUUCAUACAAGAACACACCCGCAACAUCGCGGUUCGUGGCUUAAUUAAAGUACCUACGCCUUAUUUUAGCCACGAUUUUUAGUUUUCAUAUUGUCAUCUGAUAAAGUCAUGCUGAUUAUAAUGUGCACAGUUUUCUCUUCUUUCAAAAUCUUUCUGUUUGAAACCGUCCUGGUUUUUAUACGCCCUUUUACGGGACGUAUUAUGGUAUACCGUUGUCCGUCUGUCCGUCCGUCCGUCGUCAACAUGUCGGACAUUAACUCAAAAAUGCUUUAACCAAUUUGCAUAAAACUUUGGUGAAUUGUUUAUAUCUAUUGACGUGAGCUUCCUUUCGUUUUUUAUAAAAUUCAGAUUUUAUGUUUCCAAGUUAUGGGGUUUUAUUCAUUAAAAAAAGGGAGAUUUUCCAGUUUUCGGACAAUAAGUCAAGAAUGUUUUCACUAACUUGCAAGAAUCUUUGGUGAAUUGUUUGUAUAUAUUGAUGUAAGCUCCCUUUAGAAUAUUAUCAAUUUUACAUUCUACAUUUCUGAGUUAUGGGGUUUUAUUCAUUAAAAAAAGGGGUGAUUUUCCAGUUUUCAGACAAUAACUCAAAAAUGCUGUCACCAAUUCUCAUGAAACUUUGGUGAAUUGUUUAUA